AUGACAGAAAAGCUAUUUAGAAUUGAUUGUGGAUACCAGAACUAUGACUGGGGAAAGCUUGGAUCGACUUCAGCAGUUGCACAAUUUGCUGCUAGCUCGAAUCCGGCAACCAAAAUUGAUGAGUCUAAACCAUACGCUGAGUUAUGGAUGGGAACACAUCCUUCGGUACCUUCUAUUGCAGCUGAUCUGGGAUUGAAAGGUAAGACUUUGAGAGAUAUUGUUUCUUCUAAUCCAGACGAAUAUUUGGAUAAGUCCAUAAUUAAUAAGUUCCAUUCUUCUAAGGAAUUACCAUUCUUGUUCAAGGUGUUAUCAAUAAGGAAAGUGUUAUCUAUUCAAGCACAUCCAGAUAAGAAGUUAGGUGCACAGUUGCAUGCUUCUGAUCCAAAGAACUAUCCGGAUGACAAUCACAAGCCUGAGAUGGCUAUUGCCAUUACUGGCUUCGAAGGGUUCUGUGGAUUCAAGCCAUUAGAGCAAAUCGCUCAAACUUUAAAAAGCAUCCCAGAAUUGAAGGAUGUUGUAGGUGAUGAUAUCAGCUCUGAAUUUAUUUCGUCAAUCAAGCCGACGGCUCACGAAGGGUCUGUUGAUGAUACACUGAAUAGGAAACUUUUGCAGAAGGUUUUUGGGCUGCUUAUGAACACGGACGACAAAAUCAUCAAUGAAAAGGCAGCCUCAUUGGUCAAGAGAACAGAAACAGACCCUGAACUAUUUAAGGCAAUAGAUUCUAGGCUUCCGGAUUUAAUUCAAAGAUUAGACAAGCAGUUUCCAAAUGACAUUGGCUUGUUUUGCGGCUGUUUAUUAUUGAAUCACGUUUACUUAGCUCCAGGUGAGGCAAUGUUUUUACAAGCAAAAGACCCACAUGCUUAUAUUAGUGGUGAUAUUAUAGAGUGCAUGGCGGCUUCUGACAAUGUAGUGAGAGCAGGUUUCACUCCCAAAUUCAAAGAUGUUAAGAAUUUGGUUGAAAUGUUAACAUAUGCUUAUGGCUCAGUUGAUAAGCAAAAGAUGCCAUUAUUAGCAUUCCCCAGGUCCUCUGGUGAUGCUAUCAAAUCCGUAUUAUAUGAUCCACCAAUCGCGGAGUUUGCUGUUCUUCAAACGAUAUUCCUGAAAAGGGCCGGCGAUGUACAACAUUUUGAUGGCCUCAAUGGUCCUUCCAUAAUAAUUGCCACAAAUGGAUCUGGUACCAUUUCUGUUAAAGGCUCUUCUGAUAUACAGAACCUCAAGCGUGGUUACGUCUACUUUGUAGCUCCAAAUGUCGAGAUUGACAUAGUUUCAGAAUCCACAGAUUCCGAACUCACUACUUACAGAGCAUUUGUGGAAGCCUAG